GUGUGACCAGUGUGCCGUCGGAACCUACGGCUUUGGAAGGUCGGGUUGCACGGAAUGUGCCUGUGACUCCGUUGGAUCUCUCCACAAUCGCUGCGACCAACAAAGCGGGCAGUGUGUAUGUCGCGAAAAAGGCAUUUACGGACGACAGUGUAUGUCAAUGCAACGAUCAUGCAAAUAUAUGUGAUCAACAAACCGGAGCUUGUAUAGAAUGUCGUGAUCUUACAGCUGGUCACUAUUGCGAUCGCUGCCAGGAUGGAUACUACGGAGAUCCCCGACUUGGUGUGGGUCUUCCCUGCAAGCCAUGUCCUUGUCCUGGCGGUCCAACUAGCGGUUUCCAGCACGCGGACACCUGCUAUCUACAACGAGCAAAUAAUACCCAAGACGUGGUUUGUAAUUGCCGGUCUGGCUAUACGGGAGAGCGUUGCGCUGAAUGUGCAAUGAACUAUUGGGGAAAUCCUACAGAAGUGGGCGGUUCAUGUGAAAGAUGUGAUUGUAAUGGCAACAUUGACAUGACGGUAGAAGGUAGCUGCGAUCCGGCAACUGGUGAAUGUCUGAAAUGUCUUCACAACACGGAAGGCGUGAUGUGCGAGAAUUGUGUGGAUGGAUUUUACGGUGAUGCCAAACUGAAAAGUUGUCAAAGGUGUGUAUGUAACAAUCUCGGUACCAACUCCACUACUGGUUCAUGUGAUCGAGUGACCGGGCAGUGCCCUUGUUAUCCGAAUGUUAUUGGAAUGCAAUGUGACCAGUGCGCAGAAAAUCACUACGAUCUCAGCAGUGGCCAGGGAUGUGCUACAUGUAAUUGCGACCCCAACGGUGUUGCACUCGAUGCGCAUGGAAUCUCCU